CGUACAACUGUAUCUCAGUCACCAUAAAAAUGUAUUUUCCACAUGAAAAUACUUAAUUUUCAUUCAUCUCUUAGAAAUAAGUUCCCUGCUGAAGGCCAUUAACUCUUUGUUUCUCUGUUGAAAUUAGGAUCUCCCGGCUAAAGUAUAACAAGGGGACAAGCUUUUGCUGAUGAGUGGAUUCAGCUCUAACUCGAACUGGUGAACACUAAUUUGGUGUAGAGUUUAUCGAAUUCGGACAUCUCCAUGGACAUGUCGCGUUCCCAACAUGAGCACGAGGAUGAAUACAAUAAAGAUGAUCAAGAUAACAGUGAUAUGCUCACAACCCUUCCCAAUGAAAAAGGUUGGAUAACCGAGCAUCUUUAUCAAUACAAGUCCUUUUGGUUUACUCCGGCUGCUAUUAAAGGAGUUAAGAGGGCUCAACAAUGCUUCAAAGCUCAACCCACAGAUAUUGUUCUAGUUACUUUCCCAAAAUCAGGAACAACAUGGUUCAAGGCCCUUAUCUUUUCCAUCAUGAAUCGUGAUCGAUUCGAUUUCUCCUCCCACCCUUUACUUACCAAGGGCCCCCAUGAUUGCAUUCCCUUCUUGGAAGCCAUCAUACAAGAUGUAGCUUCCUACAAAGAUUAUCGAAUUUCAUGUUCACCACGUUGCCUUCUCGCAACCCACAUUCCUUGCUCUUUGUUGCCAGCAUCUGUGAUGUCUUCUGGUUGCAAAAUCGUGUAUGUUUUUCGCGACACCAAGGAUGUUCUCGUUUCAAAUUGGCAUUAUAUGAGAAAAAUAAGACCCAAACAGCUGCCUUCUUUUCCAAUCGAAGACGCUUUUGAUCUGUUUUGCAUAGGAGUAUCACAUUAUGGAUCCUUUUGGGAUAAUGUCUUGGGUUAUUGGAAGGCAAGCUUGGAAAUUCCAGACAAGGUACUUUUCUUGACUUACGAGGACAUGAAGACAGACCCUGUUGUGUGUCUUACCAAAUUGGCCAAGUUCUUGGAUAAGCCAUUUUGCGUAGAAGAAGAGAGAGAACAAGUUGUCCAGAAGAUUGUAAGGCUUUGUAGCUUUGAGAAUUUGAGCAGUUUGGAAGUGAAUCAGACCGGAGUGCAACAUUUCAGUCCACAAUUUUCUGUUGAGAACCGGCAUUUCUUGAGGAAAGGUCAAGUUGGAGACUGGCAAAACCAUCUAACACUAGAGAUGGCUGAACACUUGGAUGAAAUCACUAGGCAGAAACUUUGUGGACUAGUUUGAUAGCAAGUUUGCUUGUCUAUACUAUACCCUAUAGCACCAAGGCACAAGUUGGUGAUCUACUGUCUAAAGUAGAGAACUCCAGAGGCAUGAAUUUUUAGUCAAACAUUUUCAAAUAUAAUAGUUUCUUCCAGAUUCUAGAAGUUGCAAUGCAUUGGUGAUAUUUUGAUACAUGAAUCUUAGUUAUUUGGCUAUUAUGCUGCUGUUUUGGUUCAUUAACUACUACUCUCUCCAUUUCAUAUUACUUGACCCCCGUUAACUUGA